UGCUUUCCAAUGCUUCAACACUUGAUAUUAUCUAUUGAAGAAGUGGAAUCAGUUCGUCUGUCACAGAAACGAAUACCUUCACUGAAGACUUUAGAGAUUAGAAACUCUCCAACAUUGAGAGUUGUUGCAGGGUUAAAAAACCUCACCUCCUUGAAUUCUUUAAUUAUAGAAGCAUGCCCUAAUCUUGAGUUCAAGGGGUUACCAGCCACCCUCGAACAAGUGAAGCUCUCCCGUUCUAGUUUGUUUGAGAAGGGGUACAAAGAACAACAGCAUAUGCCAAAUGACUUGAUGAUAGAGGCACACAAUUCCGAUGAUGAAGAUGAAGAGGAAGAGGAAGAGGAAGAGGAAAAACAAGAGGAAGAACAAGAGGAGAUGGAUGUCAAUGAUGAAGAGGAAGAGGAAGAACAAGAGGAGAUGUAUGUCAAUGAUGAAGAGGAAGAGGAGAUGGAUGGAGAGGAUGAUGACAACAAUGAUAAUGGUAGCAACAUAGAAGAAGGAUGAUUCAUAACAUUGAGG